AUGUACUUGAUGAAUGUACCUCCUGUGGCAGCGACGCAAACAGAAUGGAGAACAUGUGGCCCACCUGGAGGCUAUAGCCUUCCAAUCUGCUUCAAUGACUCUGACUCUGAGUUGUCCACCAGAGGCCCACCAAUCUCAAACAAGGUCCAGAUGAUCAUAGAAAGCCUUAGGAGCACUCAGUCCUCACUCGAGAUGGGCGACGAGAUCGAGGGUAAUGUGCUAUCAGGACAGGAUGGUCAUACCCAAGUCUGCAAGGUCCCGGUUGGAUCUUAUGUGGGGGCCAAGUCCAAAACUAAAGGUGCCACUGAAAACCUGGCUGCAGAUGUUAUCUCUCCAGUGACCCAUGAGACUCUGACUGACUCUGACAGCGAUGAUUCUGUGGAUAGAGGAAUUGAAGAAGCCAUAUUGGAGUACCUGAAGGAAAAAGAUGGUCACAAACGCAAGGCGGAACCGUGCUUCACCUUUCUCCAGUCAACCAAAGUCUCCAGGAAAACCCCGCCUGCUCCUGAGGUUUCCAAACAGAACUCAGACAGCAGCAGAUUUUUGAUCGCCAACCAUCAGUUUCCCACAAGUGACAGAACUGAGACUCCCACAGUCACUGCUGUGAUCCCUAUCAAGAAGUACAUCAAACACAAAGCCUCCUUAGAUGAAAACGCCUUCAAGAAUUUGGAAUCGCACAAAAGUAUGCCAACCAAAAGUUUCAUCUUGCCCAAAGAGCAGAUACAGAGCCCCCCAAAAACCCUCAACCUCUUUGACAAGUUAAACCACCCAGUCACAGUCAAAUUGGAAGAAGACUCGAACGAUUCGAGCAGUGACGACGGCAUUGAGGAAGCCAUUCAGAGAUACCAGCGGGAGAAAAAUGAGCAGCAGAACAAAAGGGAAGCUUUCAAUCCCCACGAAUUCAGCGAGGAGUCAGACUCCACCAGCGACGAUGGGAUUGAAGAAGCUAUUCGUAGCUACCAGCUCGAGCAACUCAAAGAGAAAAGAGAAGUGAAGCCAUUUUUACACAAGCAGAAGGCUUUUACUAAGUCUUUAAUGCAUGCUGUUGGAAGUACAAGCGCGGAAAACAUGAAGAAACGCAAACUGAAAAAGAAAAAGUCAAGGACUGAAAAAGAAGUGAGAGCUGCUCAACCUCCUCCUCCUUCAGUUUUACCCAAGGAAGGAAAUGGAUUACUUUUGUUUCAGAUGGAGAGUUUUAAAGAGCAGCCCACUCCUACCCCCGCCCCUCCAAAAGUUAAUACCACUGCAGAGCUGAUGUGUGCAGAGGCAAUACUGGACAUUUCCAAAACCGUCAUGCCCGGGGCCUUUCAUCAAAGUGUCGGCCUCAGCAGUUGUGCCCCCUCUGAAUCUUCCUUGCAAUCUUCUCUUCCCGACAACGGCCGAGAGGAUGAAAGUGAUGGCAGCUCCGUUGAUAGCGAAGACGGGAUUGAGCAAGAAAUCAGGAAGUUUCUUGAGCAGAAAGCCCAAAUGCACAAACAACCACCAGACUCGUCUACAACUCAAGAGCCUCAGUGUUUGAAUGAACCGGAAGAGGUGAAAGAAAGGCAAUCGGCAGCCCAGAAGAAACCUCUGAGGCUGUCUUUGACACAAAGAAGGAAAUGCAGAGAGGAAAACAUGAACAAAACUCCAAUAACGGAAAACAAAGGGAAAGAAACAUCUCCUAAAAAAGAGCCCAGCCAGAGAGGUCAAACACACCUCGCCGGGCUGCACGAGAAAGAGCAAAGUGGAGACAAAAGCAGCUCACUUGACAGCGACGAAGACCUGGACACCGCCAUCAAAGACCUGCUGAAGACAAAAAAGAAGCUAAAGAAGAAAACAAGAGACAUGAAGCUGAAAUCAAGGAAGCGCCUCAAGGAGGACGAAUCUGUGCCAGCAAACACUUCACAGUCCAAAAAGUUGAAACAGAAUCCCGCUUCCAAGCGCGGUGCAUUGAAAAAAACCCAAAAGGUUAAGGAUGACAUGAAAGACAAGUCAGGGUCGGGUAAAAAGGCUGUUUUACAACAUAAGCAAGCUGAUAAAAGUAAGGAGUGUGAUGCGCACAGAGUUGAAACAGCGAGUUUGAAAGCGACUGAGAGUCAAGACACCCUGCAGCUCAACAGUGAGACAGGUUUUCAGAUCAAGGAGGACAGCAGUUCAGUUGACAGUGAUGACAGCAUUGAGCAAGAGAUCAGACGGUUCCUGGCUGAAAAGGCCAAAGUUUCCACCGCAGAGAAAAGCAAGGAUGAAGAAGUAUCCAGGAACGGCACUGUUGUUGUUUCUUCCCCUCCUCAAGAUAAAGACGUUCAACUGGAAAAUCAGCUGGCUGAAAUUCCAGGAACAAAUAUCAGUCCUCUCUCCGGAGAGUCCCCACGGAGGGAUCAACCUCCUCCAACGCCACUGAGAGACGCAAAACCAUCGCCGCUGAGCUCUGGACCGGAUAUAUCCUCCAGUGGAGUACAACUGCAUAUGUCUUCAGUCCUGCCAAGCGGCUCGAAUCUCCUGGAGCCGGCAGAUGGAGCUGGAGCUGCGAGAACUGAGCAGUGGCAGCCCAGCGCUGGAAACAGUGACGUCCAGGAUGUCACACCGCAGACUGAGAGAGUUCGGCCACUCCUGAGUCCGAGCGCUGCUUAUUCUCGCUCAGAGUCGAUCAAGUGGCGCCAAAGUCUUGGACUUCCCACUCCUGAUGCUAGGACUCUUAGCCGGACUCAAUUCCAUAUCACCUCAUCUAGAGUCAGCGAGACUUCAUCAGCGUCUGCGCCAUAUCAGAGCGGAGGCGCCAUCCCUAAAUCGCAGACUCCAGUCACUGCUUGGUCCUCUGCUAGGACCAGUAGACCCCCUUUCUCCUGCUCUGCAGAGACGCCUGUAAAUAUGACCUCCAGACCCACUGUUUUAAAUCUCACAUCCCUCGCCAAGCAGCACCCAAGGACGCCCUUUCCACGUGGAUCACAGUGCCCUAUAGAGGGAGAAACAAAGAGUAUGGUGCACAUAUCGAAAGACAAGAGUGUGUUUGUUGAACUGGAAUCUAAUAGGACCAACCACGUCCAGGUUCGAAGCAGGGACAGGUGUGAGGGAAAGGAGGGAGUGGACUUUCUGAGUGAGAGGAGCAGAGAAGGAGAGAGCGUCAAGAUAGAUGAGAAGGAAGUACAUCUAGAAAGAAGAGAGGAUGAGUUCAUAGAUGAGACAGAUGGUGAGUCAGACAGCAGGAGAAAUCCAGAGAAGAAGCAGGGCUUUCCCACACUGUAAGUAUUCCCCCUGGGUCAGACUGUCCAAUAGCAUCAUAAUCCAGUUUUAUAUCAGUUCAGUAGGAUGUUAUCGAGCUCAUUCAUUUAUACGCUUUAAGGGAACGUUUGUUAAUAACCAUUUAAAAAAAAAAAGAAAAAAACUAAAACAGGCACUUUUAACGUGUUUGUACAUUUAUACAACUAUUUAACAUGAUUCCAACACAGUGAAAACUCUUCACUCAUAUCAUCAGACCUUUGAAAAGCAAUACAGUGACUCGGUACUGGAGCCAAACUGCAUGACCACUUUCAAAGUUCAGACGACUUUAUCCUAAAUAUCUUAAAUAUGUAAUCAAAAAGGAAGUGACAGAAACAAACUAAUCAUGUACACAAUGAAGAAUGGAGGGAAGUCCACUUUGUAAGAUUUGGAUUUCCCUAUUUAAUAUACUUGAGGGUAACGCAAGUUAGCAAUAUUACUUCAUGCUGCCAUAGUAUUAGCAUAAAUAAUGAUGAUGAAUAGAUUUACUUACUUAAACAGGCCGGGCGUUUAUAAUGACAAUGACUCCAGAAAACCACCUUUUUUCCUGGCCCACACUUUGAGCCUUUUUUAACUUUUGCACAAAAAGAGAAAAGACCAGGGUACACUUUAAAGGAUGAUUACACUCUUUACUGUUCAUUGGCCCUUUUUUGUUCAUUCAAUUUUGUAUCUAUUCUUGACUAACACAAACAGUAGACCGUGUUACGACAGCAGCCGUCUGCUUUUGACGCCCCACUCAGACAGGGAAGCUCAGAUGUUAUCAUGUGUUAUUACUCUGUUCCAGGCUGAAAUCAUAUAAACUUUAAUUAUCUGGCUAAGUGUGGUCAUUUCACAGCUUCCUAUUUCAUAAACAGAUAGGGAGAGUCAGGAGGGUCAUAUUUAAGUUAAAAAUAUAGUUUAAAGUUUGGGCAGCCUGUUCAGGCUUUUGACUCAUGAGACAUUAAUAAGUCUUUUAGGUUAUUAUGUUUUGAGGAAAUCAGCCUCAGUUUCCACUUUAUCCAAAUCAAACAACUCACGUUGUCUGCUUUCUUUAGGAUUGAUUUUGAGUCCACUUAAGUUCAGUGGCCAGAGGAAAAAUCUCUUCACGGUGCAACCAUCAGCUCACCAACAACAUGAUCAUUUUAAAGAUUUAUAGGUAAUUGCUUUGGAGGUGCAGUUAUCUAUGCCGAUGUCUAUUUUUACUUACCCUUUGUCUGCCAACAGUGUGGUGUUUAAAGCUCCUGUGAGGAACUUUUGGUUUGUUUGUGUUUUGUCCUCUAUAGGCUUAAGUAGUGACAAGAAAAAAAAACUAAUCUUGCUUAUUUUUGAUGGUCAAGCGCAUCACUUGUGGCGAAUACGUUAUGUGGCUGUGGUUUAAAUAGGGCCGCUCACCCCCUCUCAUCAAUUACAAGCAUUAAAAACCAUGACAUUAAGUUUGUAAAUCAUGAUGCUGAUGGUCUUAUCUGCUUUUGUAUGUCAUUAGAAAGGAAUCAAUGUUUAUUUCAGCCUCAUUCAGAAAUAUUAAAAAAUUCCUUACAGGAGCUUUAAGUGCCGUGCAGGAAUUAAAAUGUCCUUUCUCGGACUGUUGCUGGUUCACAAGUGAGGUUUCCUAUCCUGUGUUAUUUAAUCUUAAAGGUGGGAAUACUAGUUUAGUAGCUCAAAUGUGACCCUGCUACCAAGAGGCAAAUUCUAGAUAACAUCUUAAAAUAGACGCCAAUAACAAAACGACCACUUUUAAAGUAGUCAUGUAGAAAAUAACUACCUUACCUGUGUGAAAGGCUGAAUGCAAACGUCAGCUGUGUUCGGAAUGAAUCUGGCUGGUUUCCUCCUGAUUAUCUCUCUCUGUUGUCUCUGUAGCCACGUCCCAAUCCUGCAAUAGUGAAAUGACCACGAUUUGUCAGGUUUUCAUGGUUUAAUCAACUCACAACCUUGAAAAGAGUACUAAUACUUGAUUGCCGUGCUUGAGUUUCCCACCCUGAGCGUAUUGGCUGCCACAGGGAUAUGGUCAAUAACACUUAAUCUUUUUUAAAACUAUUUGCCCCACUCAGUUUGAUAUUUGGUUCAAACAAAUUUGAAGUUUGGUUGUCAAAGAAAGCCACCACAUCAGACUUUCACUUUCACCUGUUUGAUUCAAGUCUUUUUGUUCAGAUUUCAUGCAGACUGCAGUAACUCCUCUCUGUCUUGCUAACUUUGAUAUCUCGUGCAUUCAUUUCUUUGUCAUGUUAAAAUUUUCUUGAAUUUCAUAUGUGAAAAAAAAGGCUAUUUAUUUUUGUUUAUCAAUGAAAAAGAAGAAAAUACUGAACAUGCUGUGCAUUGCCAGGUUUUGUAAAUAUUUUGUAAGAGGUGUUUCUUCUUUUCUUUCACUCUUUCAAAAAAAUGAAACAAAACUUUUGCUGUGUCUUUUAAGUGCAUCUGUGUAAUAAAGAGUGGAAUCUGAGCAGUGACGAGGCUGUCGUAAAUGCAUCUUAUUUUUGACAUUUUGGAGGGGAGGUUCUCAGCGUUGAAUGUGGACAGAGGGAUGAAUUAUUAGAGCAUUAAGAAGAUAAAAAACUGGUCUGAUGUGGAUCCUGCUCUGCCCUGCUCAGGUCUCUGUCCAGUGCUAUAGACCCUGGCAUCACCAUCAGACCUUGCAUAGCUCUAACAACAGAGGAGAGAAGCACGAUGUUCAACAGGAGGUACCAUACUGAAAAAAGCAAGAAGGUACAGAUAUGUAGAAAUGUGCUGGACGGGGUUGACCUUCUGUAUUUUUAGCCUUUUAAACAGGUUUUCUCAGCAUAGAUAGAUAGAUAUACUUUAUUGAUCCCAAACUGGGAAAUUCUCUAUAAAGCAUGCUGCAUAAUAACUAAGAGCAUGAACUGUUGUGUAUAUUUAACAAUUCUUGCAGGGGCUACCAUCUCUCGGUUACAAUCCUGCGCAGAAAAAAGCUGUGCAGUAUGUCAAGAGAAAGCUGCAGUUCAUUCCUGCCAACAGGUGAGGGGCUGGAUCAAGGGAUUUUGCCUUAUUAGUGACUGAUAACAGUUCAAAGAAAUGUUAAUCUAAAGUUUUUUAAUCUCUUACAGGGAAAAUGAAGCACCGAGUUACCCCAACAAGCUUUAA